UUCCUCUUGGACAUUGGAGUGACGAGGACUGAUCAGGUAGAAAAAGAGAACACCUCUUUAAGAAAAUAACUACAGAAUCUGGAGCCUGUCCAAGCCACAGAAUUAGGGAAAUGAGAGGCAGGCCCUUGGUAAGGGCAGUUCCCCUUUCUGGGGAGAACCUGAGGUGUAACCAUUUGAUGACAAGCACCCAGUCUCCAAAGGCCUUACCCUGUGUUCCAGUCCAUCUGGCCAGGCAAUGUGGCCCUCGCCAUAUACACAGUUGCAGCCACAGAGAGGAGAUGCCAUGGCUUUCACCUUCACAGUCCUGAUCUGUCUGGGACUGAGUGUGAGACCCAGGAUCCCAGUGCUGGCAGGAGCCUUACCAAAGCCCAUCAUCAAAGCUGAGCCAAGCUCUUUGGUCUAUAGGGGAAUACAAGUGUCCAUUUCAUGUAUGGGGAUUUCGGAUGCAUGGAGGUACCUUCUUUAUAUAAAGAAAUUUGAUCAUAGACAGCACAAACAAACCUCUUCAAACCAUGGGGAGAAAGCUGUGUUCCUCAUAAGCUCUGUUGGAAAGCAUGACGGAGGCCAAUAUUCCUGUAUCUAUGAGACCACUGUGGGCUGGUCAGAAUACAGUGACAUUCUGGAGCUGGUGGUGACAGGAAUCUUUGACAGCAAACCCAGCCUAUCAGCCUUGCCUGGACCUGGGGUGACCUCAGGAGAGAAUGUGACCCUCGAGUGUUUCUCACAGGAGGAAUAUGACAGGUUCAUUGUGACCAAGGAAGGAGAGCAGAGGCACUUCAUGAGCAUGAAGUCACAGAAGACAUCUGUUGGGCAGUUCCAGGCCCUGUUCGUUCUGAGUUCUGUGACUCCCAGCAGUAGUGGGACAUUCAAAUGUUAUGGCUACUAUGAUGCCAACCCACAGGUGUGGUCGGAGCCUAGUGACCACUUGGAAAUACGCAUCUCAGACUCAGAGACCCAGGAUCACACAGUAGAAAAUCUCAUCAGGAUCGGGAUGGCUGGCUUGAUCCUUAUAAUCCUUGGAAUUCUUCUGUUUGAGUCUUGGCACAGCCAGAGAGAGAUCCAUCAUUCAACUGAGAGAUAAUCAGAAGAAAAAGAAUUAAGUUUAUUUAAGGUUCCAGAAUCUCAGUAAUACAUAUGACAAUCUUAAAUUCUUAUACAAGAAAUCCGAGUCCUUUUGUUGCGGAACUGUUCUGAGACAUCCAGGAGUUUUGGGGUUCAGGGAAAGGUGUGGGUGUUGUGAUGAGAUCCUUCUUCAUCAAAUGAAUUUCUGUCCUUCCACCUACUGUGGGCAUUUGCUGACUGACCCAGCUCUAUCCUGAAUUAAUGACAUGAGGGAACAUCCCAUUUUCUCUUCUGGCUGAUCCUCAAUUCUGGGAAUCCUCUGUUGUCAAUCCCUCUCAUGUGACAUUUUUUUUAUGUUAUAAAUUACACUAUUCACUAUGGGAGUAGCCUCUUCCUGUUGGACUUGAAAUGAAGAAUUUGCCUCAAUUAAAAAAAUGAUGACAAAG